CCAGAAGCACAGAGACACAGAGAGAGGACGAGUGUGUGUGAGUGAGUGUGUGUGCAUGUAUGUGUGAAAACACUGCGCAUGUGUGACUGAGAGAUGAUGCACUGACUGGAGCAGACGGAGGAGCAGAAAGAGCAGUAAUGAACGGCAGCUGAGUCAAGAGGAGAGCUAACAGAAGGAACAAGAAGAAGGAGAGAGGGUUUUACCUGAAGAGAAGGAGAAGGAGCACUCAGCACAGAAGCUCACCAGAGAAUAAGCUGUAAAAAAAAAAAAAAAAAAUCUGAAAGAAGAAGGAAAAACAGGGGAUGGAGAAAGAGAUACCGGAGGGAGACGGUCAGCCACAGCUCGGAGGAGAAGGGCUGGCGGAGUGAAGGACAAAGGUACCAGAGGAGGAGAGGAGGGAUGCGGAGGUCGAUGAGAACAGCCUGAGACAUGAUCCUCCAUCUUACAUCUCCUCCAUCUUUUCCUCCCCUCGCUGCAGCUCGUUGUUCAUCCUUGUAGAAUAAAACAGGAGAGGAGAGAGCGUCCCCAUCCCCGUCCCCGCCUCUGGACAAAGCAGCUUGGUUUAUCAUCACAGAGCAGCGAGGCAUCAACCCAGGAAGGACGGGAACGAGACGUGAAGGCGGACAGGGCCCACACACACGCAGCAUGACACAAGCCCUGCAUGCAGAUCGUUCCCACGCAACGACACGGUCGAACCGACGCAGCCCGCGAGAUGACUGAGCGUCGUCAGGAAGUAGAUGGACCAAAGGAAUCAGGAAACGUGUCAUGGAUCUGAGAAGAAGGCAGACAAGCACAGAGGCGUCCUAACUGUUAUCACCCUUCCUGCUCGCUUUGGGAAGACCGUCUGAAAGUCCAAAUACAAACUUACUCCCACCUCUGAGGAAUUCAGGAGCCUUGGAGUUUGAAGGAGUCAUUCCUGCAGCGUCAUAAAAAAAAAAAGGACCUCCUCCCUCCUUAUCAACAAGCCACUGAGAGGGUCUCACAGGGUCACCUGACCACACCGGACCAAGAGCAAGAGAGAGAAAGACUGAAGCUCAUUCUUUCUUUCUCACGAACUCAAGUCAAUGUGUCACACGCCCGCAGCCAAAAACAGGAAGUUAAGCUUGAGCGAGAAACACAUUUAAAGUCUCGUUUGCGAAGGGAAGAGUUUCCCCCCCAGCAGGCCACAGGAUAUAGUUUCAGACAAUACCUCCUGGACCUUUUCUGAACUGCCUGUAAUCGACCUACCCGCUCUGUGAAUGCAGAAACCCACCAACCUGUACUGUAUGUAUAUAUGUGAGCGUCUGUGUGCAUAUGAGAUUAACUAUUGGUGUUAUCACUGAGUGAGAACAUAUCUUUGUGCUCAAGUAACAGCCAUCGUGUGUCAAUAUACAUUUCAGCAAAUAGCCAUCGAAGACAGCACAGAAAACAUCAGCAUACGUGAGUUAAAACAACAAAAAAACUACCUUUAAGUAGUCAACACUGGUCAGGAAUUGUAAGCUGGACUGUUAAACCAUCUGUUCGCAUUAGCUGCGACAGAAUAAGAGCUGCAUACUGCGGUGCUCUGGCUGAGCUCCUCUAUCUGUCUCGUCCACAUAAAGACUCAGGCUGACAGCAGCGCCCGCCAGGGGGGAUCUCUUGAGGGAAACAUGGAGGCAACCAUCCGUCCCCAUGUUCCCUCCAAUGGCUGACUUCAGCGAAAGAGUCCAAUCUUUUUCCCCUCGUGCAGAACCAGGCAGGGGUGUCUGAUCAGAGCCGCAGCCCCUCUCUCUCUUCCGCCUCCAAAAACGUGCGAAUGUCCUGCCUCAGGCGUCAGCCCGUCACCAUCCCCAUGGACACCGUCAAGAUCAUCCAGUCGGAGAAGUUCCCCAGAGAGUGCCCCGUGCCCGUCACCCAGCCGCGCUAUGCCCCGCCCCCCAGGGUGGCGUGGGACGGCGGAGGCGAGGGCGAGAUCAUCGUCAACCAGGCCUGCAGCGACCUGACGCUGGACAUCACCGGCUCCCCCAGGCCCAUGGUGUCGCCGCCGGCCCCGAUGACUCGCAGGGAGCAGAGCUUCCUGGCGCAGCGCAAAACCAGUGCCAACGAAAUCUGCUACCACCAGUUCCACUACAAGAUGGAGGACGUCAUAGUCAACCAGUACGUGCUGCGCUCCUCCUCCACCUCCUCGUCCACUUCGUCCUCGUCCUCCACGGGGCCCGUCAUGCCCUGCGAGCCCCUGGACUGCCCCACCUGCGGCCACACCUACAACUUCGCCGGCAAGCGUCCGCGCAUCCUCUCCUGCCUGCACUCGGUGUGCGAGGAAUGCCUGCAGAUCCUCUACGAGUCCUGUCCCAAGUACAAGUUCAUCUCCUGCCCCACGUGCCGGCGCGAGACAGUGCUGUUCACUGACUAUGGCCUGGCUGCUCUGGCCAUCAACACCAGCAUCCUGAGCCGCUUGCCCUCCGACCCCAACGGGCCCGUGCAGUGGGGCGGGGACGCCGACCGCAGCUGCUACCAGACUGUGCGUCAAUACUGCCAGUCAGCCUGCACCUGCCAGAUCGCCAACCCCUUGUCCUCCUGUGGCAUCAUGUAGACAAGGGGGGCCACUGCAGGCAUGACUCGACGCUGCUCCCCACCACCACCACCUCCGCCACCGCCGCCGCCACCACCACUCUACGUCUAUAAGCUCUACCCUCUCUGCCAACCCCCCCUUCUCUCACACAUACAGUAAAUAAAUCCCUCCAUAGAUGUUAUCUCUAUAUAUUUAAUAGCACAGACGGACGCUGUGUGGGACUAAUGGAUGCUGGUGGUUCGAUAAAUAGUAAAUAAAUGUAUUUUAUGUAUGGACUGGAAAUCCUAUUCACCCUCUCUCGUUUGGUUGGACGUGUUUGUCAUUGACAUCUCUUUACAUGGGAAUGCCAGGGGAGGUCUAUCCCCCCCCAAACUAGGUGAAUAAAGAUUAAAUAAAUGCGAAAAAGUA